AUGCCCCGCCCGCCCUACUCCCCCCCGUGGACCACCUGUGGCAUGGUGGUCAACUACCUGGUGGGGUCGGUGCCGGCGCUGGCCACUCAGCUGCGCACAUUGGACGUGGGUUACAACUUCCUCACGGACGUCCCAGCAGUCACCUACACCUUCUGUGGCGGCGUCAGCAACUGCCUGCUCACGCCCUCCAAGUGCCCCAACUCUGGCGCCGGAACCAGUCAGAAGCCCGCGGCGAGCUGUGCCUUCUGCGGCACCAGCAACGGCAUCAGCCCCUUCUGUUGGGGGGCGGGUGGAGUGUGCACGGCGAACGCAGCUGCUGCCGUUGCAGCCGGCACUGUCAAUGCCCUGGCACUGCCCCUGCUGCCCUUGACCUGCGUGGGCGGGCCGGCAUUGGUGACUAUUAACAGUGCGGAUGCUGCUGCAAUGCUGAACAUCAAGGGCGUGCUGGGUACGACCUACACCACGUGGAGCACCACAUCACCGUGCCGCCUGGAAAACUCGACCGUGGCCUUUGCGGGCGAGUGGACGGGCGUCUUCUGCACGGCUGCCAGGAAAGUUUUGGCCAUGUCCUUCCCUGGCACACAGCUCAAGGGCUCAUUCCAUGCUGACAUCUCCACUCUCACGGCUCUUACCUUCCUCAACCUGCCCAACAAUCUCUUCAACUACCGCCUUGACUCCUUCUUCACCAACAUGCGAGCCCUGCCACUGCUGGCCGACAUCCGCCUGCACUACAACUACUUCUACGGGGAGGUCCCCUCCUUCCUUGUGGGCCUCCCACAGCUCACUCUGCUUGGCAUGGUGGUCAACUACCUGGUGGGGUCGGUGCCGGCGCUGGCCACUCAGCUGCGCACAUUGGACGUGGGUUACAACUUCCUCACGGACGUCCCAGCAGUCACCUACACCUUCUGUGGCGGCGUCAGCAACUGCAUGCUCACGCCCUCCAAGUGCCCCAACUCCGGCGCCGGAACCACUCAGAGGCCCGCGGCGGACUUGUGCACGGCGAAUGCAUCCGCUGCCGUGGCUGCCGGCACUGUCAACGCGCUGGCGCAUCCCCUGCUGCCCUUGACUUGCGUGGGCGGCACGACAGUGGCCAUGAAAGCAGCGGAAGCGGCGGCCAUGCUGAGUGUCAAGUUAGCCCUGGCGCUCACCUUCACCACCUGGGCCACCACUAACGCCUGCCAGCUCGCUGGCUUAGCCACCGCUCCUAGCGCGGUUUCUCCAGCACGAGCAUCCUGCCAUGAGCUCAUUCGCACCGACCUGCUCGUCCCAUGUGGCAGAUACCUCAAGGACAACGGCAUCACUCGUAAGAGCUUCCCCGCCGACAUCAGCAAGCUCACAACUUUAACGGGGAUGUGG